AUGCAAAUGUGUAAAUUUAGUCUCGUCCAUGUGUGCACGCGUGUACGUGCGUACGCGUUUCUUCGCUGUGUGUGAACCAAUGUCGAGAUUAGCUAUCAUAAUGUCACGUGUCUCCGCCUCGACUUCAUUUUUGUUUUAUCACGUGAAAAGGAUGAAAAAAAUGAACUCGGCCGCAAAGACUUGCUGAGCAACUUACGAACGAGGCAGGCUAUUCCACUUGUGUGGAAACAAUCUCGAAUCAUGUGAAGAACCGUAACGAGCGACUGUCGGACUUUCCUCUAUGAGAUAAGUAAAAAAAGCGGCGCGCAGAAACUGCUUUCCAAAAGCAAUGAAUGCUGCAAUUGCAUUGUGCACCUUCUGCGAAAUGCACGGGCCUAAAGUGAUAUUUACCACGCAAACGUAUCGUAACUACGAUACGCAAGAUGCGGAAAAGCUAAAGUUUUACGGACCUAAGGAAGUGUUGAGACAAGGUCAUACUUUCUUGGACGACGGACAAGACGAAUGCGAGGGCUGUCAAAGCAUUGGUAAUGUCAAGUAUUUAAGUAACGAGCAUGAAACAAGGACAUCUUUUUUAUCUGCUCAACAAUCAUUGAUGCAAGAUAUUGGAAGCCUGCUAAAACAUGCUUGCGUUAGGAGUCUAAGUUGCGAGGUGCACCCUGGCAAGGAAGGUGUCUGCUACUUUGGAGAUGAGUACAGGGGGCAUGUUUUAAGUCAUACUUUUACAUUGAAAGACGCCCAGGCAAGAGGCUUUAGAAGAUGGUGCAGUUUCAUUGUUUUCAUGAGAGACAAGCAAUUCUUGUUGAACAUGUGGCCAUUUUUGAUUGACAAUUUACGAGAGGUAAUUAGAGAAUUGCAAGAUUUUGCGGAGAAAAAGUAUAACGCUGAAGAAGCAGAGUGUCCGCAAAGGGCAAUGAGAUUGACGACGGCAAACAUUGGGACGGGUUGCCACAACACUUGUAUUAAACAAUCUAGGACACUUACGGAUAUAACGAAUGAAAAACAUGUUUUUGUAAGAAUUCACAUGUGGUUAGUGUGGAUCCUCAGUGCUGGCGCGAGGCACUUUAUAGAAAUUUUCCCAAUGAAUUUAUUAGACGACGAGCUUAAUUAUAAUUUCGAACAUCAAAUUGAAACUGAAGAAGGUUUCACCUUAGUGAACGCAAAGUUGCCAGUAAACUUUAACUUCAAUUGGGACGACUCUGAGCUUUCGUCAGAAUUCUCUCAAGUGGCAGAAAAGUCCACCGCUGUAAUUUUACGAAACCUGAAACGAGUACUAGGGAAAGAUCAGUUUAGACAGUUGCUGUAUUCCUGUUUAACUGGCGUUCAAGUCUUGGUGAGAGGCCCAAAGAUUCAGCGAUUGGAGUCUUUGUACGGGCUUAGCAGUCUUGUUCCGAGAGCAUGUCGUCGGGUAAAAACGCAAACGUUGGAGUACAUGGAUCCAGAUACAUGUAACUUUAUUGGUGUGGACACCUCGGUAGCAGUUCCUUUACCUUGUGCCAAUGUAUGCAGGCUGGACAUAAUACUCGAUGAACACAAGGUUGGAAAUGCAAAAUCCCACAUAGUCAAAUGGGCUGGUUCUUUACCAGUGAAACUUCCGACCUUGUUAAUAAAGAUUGAAAAGUCACUUGAUAAUGAGAAACUUGGGAGCUCGGUUCUCAAAGCACAUUUUGCGACCCUUCAGCAAGAAUGGGCCAACAUUGCAAAAGUUGUUCACGCGAUGAGUGGACGAGGCCAUCGCGGCGAUCUCUCUGGACUCAUGCUCAGUUUGGGCGCCGGACCUCAGGACAAAAAGUUGCUGGACGCAUGGUCCAUGGGAUUACCAUCUAAUCCAGCAUAGUUUAUGAAGAUUAAUUUUACGUUUUACUGCACAUGUAGUAUAUCGUUGGAUGUAAUAUUUAUUGCAGAUUACGUAUACGUAUAUGACUCGGAGUUUUACUCCGAUUCCUCACGUUUGUUCGAGAGGAACGCUUACUGUGUGUGUUCAAGGUUGUGUGUCUACUUUUUUUAUUUAUAACUUAGUCAAAAAUAAAAGUAAGUAUCUUGAUGAACCCUUA